AAUUGUGGCUCAUAUUUUUAGGUAGUUUAUGUUGUAUAAAAGAGAAUAUUUCUUCCGAAGGGUAGAGGAUAAAUGGGAGAAAUGGAAGCACCACUAUUGACCCAUUACAAUUCAUCAUCCAAAUGUGAAUUUGUUGAAGAAAAUGAAGAUCUGAAGCAAAGAUUUUGGGUUGAAUCGAAGAAGCUAUGGAUUGUCGUUGGCCCCGCAAUUUUCAGCCGUAUUUCGCUUUACUCUACUAAUGUCAUAACACAAGCUUUUGCUGGGCACCUCGGCGAUGCUGAAUUUGCUGCCAUCUCCAUUGUUAACAAUAUCCUCACUGGUUUAACUUAUGGCUUUCUGUUGGGCAUGGCGAGUGCAUUGGAAACGUUGUGUGGACAGGCGUUUGGUGCAAAAAUGUACCAUAUGUUAGGAGUGUACAUGCAACGUUCUUGGAUUGUGCUCUUCUUGUGUUGCAUAUUGCUUUUGCCCCUUUACAUAUUCAUUACUCCAAUCUUGAAGCUGCUCGGGCAGCCACAGGAGGUGGCCGAGCUCUCGGGUUACGUGGCCUUAUGGAUGAUCCCUCUCCAUUUCUGCUUUGCCAUUCAGUUACCACUGCAGAGGUUCUUGCAAUGCCAGUUGAAGAAUUCUGUAAUUGCAUGGGCAUCGUUUAUCGGGCUAAUCGCGCAUGUUGGGGUUAGCUAUUUAUUUGUGUACGGACUCCGCCUUGGAAUGGUGGGAACGGUCGCGACUCUGAACGUUUCGUGGUGGGUUUCGGUGAUCGGAAUGUUUCUUUACGUCGUUUGCGGUGGUUGUCCCCUUACAUGGACUGGUUUCUCCAUUGAAGCCUUUUCCGGGCUAUGGGAAUUCUUGAAGCUAUCUAUUUCUUCCGGGAUUAUGCUUUGUUUGGAGAACUGGUAUUAUAAAAUACUUAUACUGAUGACUGGAAAUAUGAAGAACGCAGAAAUUGCAGUUGAUGCCUUAUCAGUCUGCAUGACUAUAAAUGGAUGGGAGAUGAUGAUUCCAUUGGCUUUCUUUGCUGGAGCCGGGAUAAGGGUGGCUAAUGAACUUGGAGCAGGAAAUGCAAAAGGAGCCAGAUUUGCAGCUAUUGUCUCUGUUACUACAUCUUUAGUAAUUGGGAUCUUCAUCUGUCUGAUAAUUAUGAUUUUCCAUAAUCCAAUUGGGAGGAUUUUCUCAUCCAGCAAGCCUGUUCUUGAUGCAGUGAACGACCUCACUGUCCUCUUAGCUUUCAGUAUUCUUUUCAACAGUGUUCAGCCAAUUCUUUCUGGUGUGGCUGUUGGAUCAGGAUGGCAAGCAUGGGUGGCAUACAUUAAUAUAGCAUGCUAUUACAUAAUUGGGGUUCCAUUAGGAUUUCUCAUGGAAUGGGUUUUUCACCAAGGAAUUGGGGGUGUAUGGGCUGGCAUGAUAUUUGGAGGAACUGCACUUCAAACGUUGAUUUUAGCCAUCAUUACCAUCAGAUGUGAUUGGGAAAAAGAGGGAGCGAAAGCAAGCGAGCAUGUCAAGAAGUGGAGCAAUUGAGUUAAAGAAAUUAUAUGUUGAAUACGCAUUAUGAGGAAAUUCAACAAUAAUUUUGAGUGUAUUUGAAUAUUAAAUGGUAAUGUUUAAAUUUUAAUGUUAUAUAUGGUUAUUACAAGAUAACCCAUUUUUUCAAAAAGAAAACAAACCGAAUAUUAGUCCUCAAUCUUAAUUUUAUAGUACCCCAUUCUAAGAACUAGGUACAACUAGUAGGGAAUUGGGGUUUUAUUUCGAAAGUUUAUAUUAGAUAGAAUAGUUCAAUUCUCCUA